AUUUUAUUGCGGGGAUUACCCUCAUAUUAUUUGCGUCCCUCGUAAAAAUGUACGUAUGACGACCUUCAGAAAGUGAGCUCAUAUCGGUUCAGUUAAAACAGGUACCAAUCAAUAUCGAUAUCAGCUAUGGUGGAAAUUAACAUUUUUCCAACAGCGGUUUUAGCCUUGAGCGGAUUAGGUCUCCUAGUGAUUUUAAAGCGUUUUCUGGUACGCAAGAAAAUCAACAAGCUCCGAGACAAGGUCGUGGUGAUCACUGGUGCAAGCUCAGGGGUUGGUGAAGCAUGUGCACACGCUUUCUACCGUUGCGGCUGCAAGGUGAUUCUGUGUUCCAGACGGAAGCAGGAAUUGGAGAGAGUUAAGGAACAGUUAAUGUGUUUGCAGUUGAAAACCGAAACUCACAUACCAAUUGUGAUAACACUAGACUUAGAGGAUACCGACGACCUUCCCGCAAGAGCAAUAGAGAUGCUGGAAUGCUAUGGAAGAGUAGAUGUGCUCAUCAAUAAUGGAGGCAUCAGCUACAGGGGGGUUGCCAGGGAAACUGAUAUCGAUAUUGACAGAAAAGUUAUGAAUAUUAAUUAUUUUGGAGCUGUGGCACUCACUAAAGCUUUACUGUCGUCAAUGGUCUAUGAAGGCUCAGGCCAUAUUGUUGCUGUGAGCAGCAUCCAAGGAAGGAUGGCAAUUCCAUUUAGAUCAGCAUACACAGCCUCCAAAUUUGCUUUGCAGGCCUUCUGUGAUAGCCUCCGUGCAGAAGUUGCAGAUUCUAACAUUGCAGUGACUGUGAUAAGUCCUAGUUACAUCAACACAAAUCUCUCACUGAAUGCAGUCUGUAGCGAUGGAUCACGACAUGGAGUUAUGGAUUCAACCACCGCCAGCGGCAUGUCAACCGAGUAUAUAGCUAAACGGAUCCUCUGGGCUGUUGCAACCAAGGAAAAGGAUGUGAUAUUAGGCCCAAUUGACCACAAGAUUGCAGUACAUCUCCGGAAUCUGUGGCCAUCUUUGUAUUUUUGGAUUAUGAAACUACGGGCUAAAAAAGGGUCGAAGGGAGAAGAUUAGCAAUACAUUUUUUCAAAUUUCGAAAUUGGCUUUCAACCUGAAACUUGAUAAAGAUGAUAAUAAACUAAGGAAAUCAUACUGUAAUUGAGUUAAUUCUAUAGUACACAGAUGGGCAAAGUGCUGGCUCCGGGCCACAUGUGGCCCAACAGUGAUUUUGUUGUGGCCACGAAAAUAAAUCAUAAACCCUAUGUGUGUGUGGGUGGCCCGCCAAUCUUCUUUGGCCAGAAACCUCUAGUUUUUUACAGCCCGGAACCAAUCAUCUGUAAAAAGUAAUAACUGAGCAUAAAGUGGUAUAAAAGCACUCCAUGAAGGUUUUUGGAUCUGGAAAAUCAAAUUUUGGAUGCUGCCCUCAGUGUUAAAUAAAAAAAUUCACUUUUGCCUUCGACACAUUUCUAUGCCCACCCCUAUAGCACACAGAGGUGGUGCCAGCAGGGGGCAGGGAUGGCAUUUCUCUCCUGUCGGACAGGCCUAUAGACCUCCAUGUUGUCCGACGCUAUGGCAAGGUUGUUGGAUAAACAAUUUUGUUUAAAUAAUUUUCCUAUCCAAAUAAUGUUAUUUUGAUUGCCAAUCCCUAAUAUUUUAGUCUAAAAUCACAAUUUGGGCCAUAUACAUAUAAGCCAUAAAAAGUUCCCAUGUGAACUAACUUAUUAUAACUAACUUAUUUUGGAACCUGGACCGAGGCUCUUGUCAGGUCCUUGGUUUGGACUUUCUGUUGGCCAAUUUCUGGUGCUACCACUGAUAAAGUUGCUAUGCACUUUACUUUAAAAAAAGUGUGGUACAGUACGGUAAUAAAACACAAUGAAAUGAAUGAAACCAAACUAGCACAAAAGAAAAAUAAAAAUCUUCUGGGAUUACCAUCUCCACCACUCUAGUGCAUCCCUAAACCAACUGUUCACUAACUUUUUCUAAUGAUUUUAUAAUUAUUCAGUGUAAAAUUAUGGGUAAACAAUUUUGAGAUAUGGUACACUAAUUUCUUUGCUUCAGUUGAUAAUUUUUUUUUAUUUCAAAAUGAGCAGUUUUAAUUUCAAUUUUUUUUCAUAUGAUGUUUCAUCAUUCUUAUGGAACAUGUCUUUAAGUUUAAAAAUGGUAUUAACAUUUAUAUCAAAAAUUUACCAAGACAUAUAUAUACCAUAAAAUGUAAAUGUAAUAACUGUAGACACAAUAAAUGAUUACAGUAGUCUGGA